CAGCAGUGUGAGGGGGAAAGCGAGACUGGAUUCAACAGCGAAACUCUUUCAAACACACCAAAACUCUAAAGGGCUUUUUUGCUUCAUUUGAACUUCUUCACAACUGGACAGGGAGUAAAGGUGCACGCCUGGAACCUCCGAGAAGAUGACUGCCAUUAACACACCCAACAUCAACUUCAAGUGGGAUCCCAAGAGCCUGGAGAUCCGCACUCUGGCUGUGGAAAGACUCCUGGAGCCGCUCGUUACUCAGGUGACCACUCUGGUGAACUCGAGCAACAAAGGCCCGUCCAACAAGAAGAAGGGCCGCUCCAAAAAGGCGCACGUUCUGGCCGCGUCGGUGGAGAGCGCCACGCAGAACUUCCUGGAGAAAGGCGAGAAGAUCGCCAAGGAGAGCCAGUUCCUCAAAGAGGAGUUAACCGCCGCUGUAGAGGACGUCCGCAAGCAAGGAGAGUCCAUGCGCCAGGCCUCGGGCGAGUUUGCAGAAGACCCCUGCUCCUCGGUGAAGAGAGGGAACAUGGUGCGAGCAGCUCGCGCUCUGCUCUCAGCCGUCACACAUCUCCUGGUGCUGGCCGACAUGUCCGACGUCUACCUGCUCCUCCUGCAGCUCAAACUGGUGGAGGAAAACCUGGCGAAGGUGCGCAACGCAGGGACUGAGCAGGAGCUGGGCAUCCAGUACAAAGCUCUGAAGCCUGAAGUAGACAAACUCAACAUGAUGGCUGCCAAGAGACAGCAGGAACUGAAGGACGUUCAGCACAAGGAGCAGAUGGCGGCGGCACGUGGGGUGCUGCAGAGAAACGUCCCCCUGCUGUACACGGCGUCCCGCGCCUGCCUCCAGCACCCGGACGUAGCCGCGUACAAGGCUAACCGAGAGCUAAUCUACAAGCAGCUGCAGCAGGCCGUGUCGGGGAUCUCCAACACCGCCCAGGGGGUCAGCACCGAGGACUCCAGUCUGGGACAGCACACAGGGCCUGGGGAGCUCGCCGGGGCACUCAACAACUUCGACAAGCAGAUCAUUGUUGACCCCCUGAACUUCAGCGAGGAGCGCUUCCGCCCGUCCCUGGAGGAGCGCCUGGAGAGCAUCAUCAGCGGUGCCGCGCUCAUGGCCGACUCGUCCUGCACGCGUGACGACCGCCGCGAGCGCAUCGUGGCCGAGUGUAACUCCGUGCGCCAGGCGCUGCAGGACCUGCUGUCCGAGUACAUGGGCAAUGCUGGGCGCAAGGAGAGGAGCGAUGCUCUGAACACCGCCAUCGACCGGAUGACAAAGAAGACCAGAGACCUGCGCAGACAGCUGAGGAAGGCCGUGAUGGACCACGUGUCCGACUCGUUCCUGGAGACCAACGUCCCUCUGCUGGUCCUCAUCGAAGCCGCCAAAAACGGCAACGAGAAGGAGGUGAAGGACUACGCCCAGGUUUUCCGCGAGCACGCCAACAAGCUAAUCGAGGUCGCCAACCUGGCCUGCUCCAUCUCCAACAACGAGGAGGGCGUGAAGCUGGUGCGCAUGGCCGCGAUGCAGCUGGAGACCCUGUGUCCUCAGGUGAUUAAUGCGGCACUGGCUCUGGCUGCCAAACCUAACAGCAAGGUGGCCCAAGAUAACAUGGAUCUGUUCAAGGAGCAGUGGGAGAAGCAGGUGCGCGUGCUCACGGACGCCGUCGAUGACAUCACCUCCAUCGACGACUUCCUGUCUGUAUCUGAGAACCACAUCCUGGAGGACGUGAACAAGUGUGUGAUCGCCCUGCAGGAGAGGGACGUGGACGGGCUGGACCGCACGGCCGGGGCCAUCCGAGGACGAGCCGCCCGCGUCGUGCACGUCGUCACCUCCGAGAUGGACAACUACGAGCCCGGAGUUUACACCGAGAAAGUUCUGGAAGCCACUAAACUCCUGACUGAUACAGUGAUGCCACGUUUCACCGAGCAGGUGGAAGCAGCAGUGGAGGCUCUGAGCCAGAAUUCUCAGCCAGUGGACGAGAACGAGUUCAUCGACGCGUCCCGUCUGGUGUACGACGGCGUGAGGGACAUCAGGAAGGCCGUGCUCAUGAUCCGGACCCCAGAAGAGCUGGACGACUCCGACUUCGAGACCGAGGACUUUGACUCCCGCAGCAGGACCAGCGUGCAAACCGAGGACGAUCAGCUCAUUGCUGGACAGAGCGCCCGGGCCAUCAUGGCUCAGCUGCCCCAGGAGCAGAAGGCGAAAAUUGCAGAGCAGGUGGCGAGCUUCCAGGAGGAGAAGAGCAAACUGGACGCCGAAGUGUCCAAGUGGGACGACAGCGGCAAUGACAUCAUCGUUCUGGCCAAGCAGAUGUGCAUGAUCAUGAUGGAGAUGACCGACUUCACCAGGGGGAAAGGGCCGCUGAAGAACACAUCAGACGUCAUCAGUGCCGCCAAGAAGAUCGCCGAGGCUGGGUCUAGAAUGGACAAGCUGGGACGCACCAUCGCCGAUCAGUGUCCUGACUCAACGUGUAAGCAGGAUCUGCUGGCCUACCUGCAGCGUAUCGCUCUCUACUGCCACCAGCUUAACAUCUGCAGCAAGGUGAAGGCUGAAGUGCAGAACCUGGGAGGCGAGCUGGUCGUGUCCGGGCUGGACAGCGCCAUGUCUCUGAUCCAAGCCGCCAAGAACUUGAUGAACGCCGUGGUGUCCACCGUCAAGGCCUCAUACGUGGCCUCCACCAAGUACCAGAAGUCCCAGGGCAUGCAGAACCUCAACAUGCCAGCCAUCUCCUGGAAGAUGAAGGCUCCCGAGAAGAAGCCUCUGGUGAAGCGCGAGAAGCAGGACGACGGCCAGACCAACAGGGUCAAGAGGUCAUCUCAGAAGAAGCACAUCAACCCGGUGCAGGCUCUGAGCGAGUUCAAGGCCAUGGAUAGCAUCUGAGCAGCACCGUAUUUAAUACUUCCACAGUUCUGCUUCACUCUCCACAAUCUCUCUGUCUCUAACACACGAGCACACACACCUGAUUGCGCUUCUUCCCACAACCACGACUCGGGCAACGAUUUCGAUGAGAUGUGUGUGAGCUGUGCAGGACAGUUCGCUUUAAACCACUGCUGGAGGUUCAGCCACACAUGUUCAUUUCCUCUGCGUCUAUUUAUUCCACACCUUCGUUCUUCAGAGAUCAGUCUCUCCUUUCACAAGGUAUAAGGGGGAAAAAGAAAAAAUAUAUAUAAAAAGUAACGGAUGAGGGAACUUUUUAAACCUUUCCAUUCUGUACUGAUUGAUUUCCUAUCCUGUUGAAAUGUUUUACUCAUUAUUAUUUUUUUUUAUUCAUUAGUGUCGUUUCAUAUUUCAGGUCUUUAAGCGUUCUCUAGUCUGAGACCUAUGCAAACUUGUAUUACCUUACUUACUGAAUCACAUGCAAUAAUUCCUAGACAGGUUUAGUUUUAAGACCAAAGUCGCUGUCUAUCCUGUAUUUCUACUCAGAUUUUUUGGAAAAUAGUUUUAUAUUAACCUUCGAUUUAAAAGAAAAAAACCAAACACUAAAAAGAGCAUAUAUUUAGCAUUCUAUUUUUUUUUUUUUUAAAUCAACCUGAAAUUGUUGCUUACGCUAGACUUUUGAUCUGUUUCAUGGUUAUUAUUACAAAUAAGAUUUUUUUUUUUAUAUUACUGCAUUUCAUCAUUCCUCCUCGUGACCCGUUGUUUAAUAUGGUGUAUAUAUCUAGAAGUGUCCUUUUCCCGCUCCGAUUCGCUUAAACAUAGCAUUAUUAUUCACAAACAAUUUCAUUUUACGAGUCAAAGUCGCAAAAACUCGAACGAGGUUGUAGUCGAUCCCUGAGUGAUACCAAGCACCAUUGAUCUUAAAUGACAGCAUACAUUUCGAAAUCGGGCCCCAAAACAUCACUUUGCCCAUCAGCCUUAGACACACACACACACACACACACACAUACACACACAUACACAGUCACAUUCACAUCGGUUGCUCAGUUUAUUUAAACAGAAAAAGUAUUUUUUUUUCUUUUGAAUGAAUAUUGUUCAACUUUUUUAUUAUUAUUUGGUGUAAUGGGGGAAAAUAAAUUUUCCACUCGCCUGUGACGCACAUCGUAUGUGAACGAUGCAACAUGGAGAAAGCAAAGUGAUUUCCGGUGCGCUCGAGCGGAGCGACAUACUGUAAAGAAAGAACUAGCCGUUUUGAUGAAAUGUGACGGAAGGUUUAAGGAUGUUCGGUUAGUUUGUGUUUAAAUUCCAUUUUAUUACAAUUCCAAGCUGUUUAUUUGCGAUUUGAUAUUUUUCUUGUUUAAACACUACAAAUGUUAGAUAAUAUGCAGUGUUUCUGCUUUGCCGUGAGCAAAUUUGAUUAUUAUUAUUUUUUUUUUUAGUUCAGGUUGUAACUCCUUUAAUUAAACAAAAUGAAUAAAAAAAAAUUAUACAA